UUUAAGAUUCGACUGUCAGCCAUCAACGGGUCAGUCUGUUCUUUGUUGAAGAGAGAGCGAGUUGAGGUUGAUGUUUUGGGGACUGAGGACAAGUCGUGCAUAAUAUCACCCGAGCAGCUGCGGUGGAAAGCAGCACAUCCUACCAGAGACAACAUGGGUUGUUAUGACUGUUGUAUGAAGUGCCUGGGAGGGGUACCAUAUUGCUCCCUGGUGGCCACUCUGCUGUGUUUCUCUGGGAUCGCUCUGUUCUGUGGCUGUGGUCACCAGGCCCUCACUGAGACGGAGAGACUCAUCGAGACAUACUUCGCCCGUAACCUACAGGACUACAGUACCCUGGCCUACCUUAUCCAGUACUUCCAGUAUGUUAUCUAUGGCUUGGCUUCAUUCUUCUUCCUCUACUGCAUCGUACUGCUGGCGGAGGGAUUCUACACCACCAGCGCCACCAAGCAGACCUUCGGAGAGUUUAGGAGCACCCUGUGUGGACGCUGUCUUAGUAGCAUGUUUAUAUUGAUAACGUACCUGCUGGUGGUGGUGUGGCUAUUGGUGUUUGCCUUCUCUGCCUUGCCUGUCUACUUCUUCUACAACAUGGACACUACCUGCCACACCAUCACCGUCCUGACUGAGGAGACCCCAACUAGCAUCAACCAGCUCUGUAUUGACGCCAGGCAGUACGGGCUUCUACCAUGGAAUGCGUUGCCAGGCAAGGCUUGUGGAAUGACACUGUCCACUGUCUGCAAAACCAGAGAGUUCCGUCUGACCUACGACCUGUACAUCGCAACGUUUGCCGGGGCUGGCAUCACACUCUUGGCGCUGAUCCACUGCUGCCUCCAGCUGGCAGUCAGACAGGUGGACCUAAAGGAAGAGAGGAGGCAGGAGAAAGACCAGAGGAAAAGCUAUGAGCUGUACGGUAGACUGCAGAAGGACAUAGAAGGGACAAUGCGCUCCCCUUACGCCCCCCACAUCAUAUCUGAUAGUCUACCUCCUGACUGACCCCCCCCCCCCCUCAACCCUCCAUGGUAACCCCUGAGAACGAUCAGUUGGAGCUGACUCCCUAAACUUGAAGUGACCCGUUUCGU